AUGGCUGUCCUUGAUAUCCUUCCCGGCAUCGAGGUCGUUGUGUGUGUCGAUGAUGAACCGCUCGCUGAAAUUGCCACAGAGAACGAUGAGAUUCAGCAUCCGGAUCCCACAGUCAUCGAAGAUCAAAAGGGCUGCACCAAAACGAACUACGUUCAGUCCACGACCGGAAAGACAUUCACCAUCUACAUAAAAGCCUCAGAUCCUUAUGAUCUGAAAGACACUGACCUGAUAUUCCAUGUUGAAGUCGAUGGAAACUUCAUCAAGGCCCCACUGUUAUUACAGGCAGACUAUGAAGACAAAUUCUGGGAUGAUGAGGUAGAGGGGCCAGUGAUCUUCAAUGGAGAGGAAGCUAUAGUUCUAUCAUUGACCUUUACCGCCAUAAAGACCACCUCAAAGCAGCUUCUCAGCAAAGCCAUUGAGAAACAAAAGAAAGUACUAGAAUCUGUUGGAUUGAUCGAAGUUGGAGUCUAUCGAGCCCGGUGUACCGGAGAGGAGCUCAAACGAUCCCCAUCUGAAGAACUCCAGACAAAGAAAGAUAUGAAGAAGGCGGACUUCAGUAAAACAUAUCACUCCAAGGUCACCGUGAAGGAAAACAUAUCACACGGAUCAUCUCUCUCUGAUGCAAAACCUGCUGGUGAUGAGAAGAUGUUCAUCACAGAGAAGAUUGACGGAGAAGAAUAUCCUAUUGGGUUAUUCAAAUUCAAGUAUCGAUCUAAGAAAGCCCUCAAGGAACUCGGUGUUAUCCCUCGCACCCCAUCUCCCGAGUCCUCACCAGCGCCUCCUCAUAUCGAAGUCCCAACACCAGCGACUACACCUACUCCAAUUGCUGCUCCAAUUCCUGCAGCCAGCCCAUCAGUCGCGUCUGGCUCAAGUCCAACCCCUAAUACUCCAGGAGCCGCUUUCCGGGUUGAGACGUAUGCAGCUUUGAUUGAGAGGCAUAAGAGGGAGCUGGAUGAAGUGCUCAGAGCGGCAAUGCUUGGCGCAGUGGCACCUGAAUCAGUACCUGACAUCAAACCGGAUGUUGGGUUCAUUCCCGGCAUGAAGCGGGACCCAGAUGGUUCAGAGGCUGGAGUUCCGCCUACGAAGAAAAAGAAGCAGAAGAGGAAGCUACCUGGGAAACUCAUCAUUGAUCUUACCUCUGAUGAUGAAGGAGACCAUUCUGUUAUUGAACUGGAAAGCUAG